AUGAAAGGUUUCUUGAGUGCGCGUUCGGACUACUUCAUUGGCUACGCGACGGUUGCCGCCAUCGUGGGUUCGGAUGGGGCCAAAACAUCCCUCGAAGGUUGCGUGGCAAAGAUGGUUGUGUUGACGGAUGGAAAGAACGCGGCGCAAGUUCUUGCGAUCGCGCCUCCGUCUGAGUUCGAAAAGGCCGUCCUUCAGUCAGACAGCUACGACUGGGUGGAAAGGUGGAGACGAGUACGAAUCUACCAUGCUCCCGAUGAGUCCCAGGAGUUCGCCAAGGCCUCAAAGCGAGUUGAGCGCGUCCUGGACCGCAUUCUGAAGCAGCAUACGGCACACGCGGACCCGUCCGUUGCUGAGUCCGUAUUCGAAGAAGCGUUGGUCAAGAAACGUGUGCCGGAUAAGUGCGGCGACGGAGACGUCAAGUUAGAAAUCGCGGAUGUGAAUGCAUUAGACGCGGAUGAAUUGGAACACCUGUUGGCGCAGGUCCCAAAUGAGUGGAAGCCAAUAAUCAAGACUUCGGGGCCGAAGGACUAUGUUGUUGAGGUCGAAGGCCAGUACAUUCACGAAGAUACCAGAAGCUGGUGGCUAACACCAACAUUUGCCAAAGGUGUGGGUGUGUUUGGUCUUGGAGUUGUAAGCGGUGUGGGGUUGGCGGCGUUGGCCAGAGUACACGUACAAUCCUACUCCGUCCGAUGCUGCAACCCAUAG